UGCGUUGAAACUGACAAUCAUCUGACAUUUUUGACAAUUUCUGUGGCCAUACACAAAAGGAUUUUGUUAUCAAAUUUUCCUGUGAUUACAUCAAUAACAUACGUGUACCUCUGCCUUUCAGUUGCGUCAUUACAAUUAUCAUCUGUCAGUUGUUCCUACCUGUUGUAUAUUUUGUAGAAAAUGGCAGAAAUAAGUGAAAAAUACAAUACAAAAUGUCCUGGUGUGAAACGUCUUAUGAGAGAGGCCAUGGAGCUAGCGGAGGCCACAGAGGAAUAUUGUGCUCGUCCUUUAGAAGAUAACUUGUUUGAAUGGCAUUUCACCGUACAAGGUCCUAAAGGUACAGAUUUCGAAGGUGGUAUCUACCAUGGUAGAAUAUUAUUGCCUAAAGAAUAUCCUAUGCACCCGCCUCAUAUAAUACUUUUAACGCCAAACGGAAGAUUCGAAGUGAACAAAAAGAUUUGUUUAUCGAUUUCUGGUCAUCACCCCGAGACUUGGCAACCAUCCUGGUCAAUAAGAACUGCUUUAUUGGCUUUGAUUGCUUUUAUGCCAACUCCAGCUGAAGGUACUAUUGGCUCGCUCGACUAUUCGCCUGCAGAGCGUAAAAUACUUGCGAAGAAGUCUGUAACUUGGGUUUGUCCACAAUGUGGUGAAAUAUCCGCACUAUUGUCAUCAACAGCAGCAAAGCCUAUUACUGAGGAAGAAAAGUCAGUGUUAAAUCAAAUUGCUUUCAAAGCAGAAGAGGAACAGACUGCUAAGCCCCCAGAAGAACCUGUUAUUGAGCCAGAACCUCAAGUGUUGGAGUCAUCUGAACCUACUAAUAGCUUUUUGGAUCAGCUCACUGAAAUACUGGUUGCUCUGUUGGUGGGAGCCAUUGGUAUUUUCAUAUACAGACGCUGGAAUGCACACUACCCUGCUUCCGAGACAGAGCUGUAACUUUUGACAUAUUUUUGAUAUUAGGGCCUAAGAAUAAUUUUGAAGUAUUUGCAAGUGACAACAAAUAAUUGAUGCAGUGCAUCCUCUUCUUUUAUUAUUUAUUUUUAUAAAGUAAGAGAUCAUAUUUCAAAUUAUGGUGUUCACAUAUUCUAUAACAACUGGUUAUAGUAAACAUUACUUUUCAUUUCUUAUGAUUUGUCAAUUGUGCCUUAAGAAUAAGGAUAUAAUACUUAUAAGGCGUCCUGUUACCUCUGAGAGGAAAUCAAAUUGCAUCACCUUAUACUUUCAUGAUUUAUUUGUCAUUUGUUAUUUAUCUUUUUUCAUAAUGAAUGUAUUGAAACUCAAGAAGCAUGUUAUUACAAAAUGGAAGAUAUGUCAAGUUACAUAGUAACAUUGAAUGUUUAUUUAUUGUGCAUUAAAUAAAACUGGGUAUUCAUUAAUGAAUAUCAGCUUGAUUAUUUCUUGCCGAGAUUGUGGUACUAUUGUGUACUAAGUGAAUGCUUCAAGACUCAGUAGCGGAAGCCCAAAUUUUUACGAUAUAGUCAUGUGAUAAAUACCUGUUUAUUGUGUAAAUGCCAAAUGAAAUGGAUGAAAUUCUUGUUCCUACACUUGAAAAAAUGCAAGGACUAUUGAAAUUUAUUUUUAUUUGUAUAACUGCAUUUUUUUUCUGGUCAUGUAUUUUAAACAUUGUUUGAAAACAACACCAGGAGAUUGUAUUUAUAAAAAUAUUUGUUUGAUAUAAAUAUUAAAUGUGACACUAAAAUCCUGUUAUUUGUAAAUUAGAAAUAUAUAAAAUGAUGAUCUUUUAAUAUACAUAAGAUUCCUUCUUGGAAAUCACCAUUAAAUUAUUGUUUUGUAAAUUAUAAUUAUUGCACCAUCUAGUAAAUAGUUGAUUGGACAUUAGUAUUGAGUGCAGGCUUUGGCCGGUACUGUUAACAUUCUUGAGAGCUUAGAUGUCUUAUUACAAUAAUCGUUUUGGAAUCAACAUUUUAUUUAUAAGUUUUCAUUAAGUGAAAUUAUUGUAGUGAUAAGAAUAUAUGUAUGUAAAUGUAUAUUAUUUUAAUUAAUGUGUGUAAAUUAGUUGUAACUUUGCUUUCAGAACACUGUGUUGCAUUGUUUGACUAACAUAAACUUUGUAAAUUCACUACACAA